AUGGGGCCCGAGGAGCAGCAGAGGCGGGGCAGCGGGCAGAUGGGCUCUGAGUUGGACCCAGAACCAGGUCCCGGCCCCGAACCGACCAUCCCCCCGCACGACAACUUUGCCCUGUUUCUCAGCCGGCGUUUCGGCCGGCUCGGGGGGCUGAUAGGCGCCCACCCGUGGCCCUUCCUGAUGCUCCCGCUGCUGCUCUCGGGCGGCCUCGGCGCGGGCUUCCUCUUCUUGCCGCAGAGACAAGCCAAUGACAUCGAGGGGCAGUUCACGCCGCUCGCGGGGCCCGCCAAGAGCGAGAGGCGCUUUGCCCAGGAGCAUUUCCCGACCCGCGACUCCGAGCGCUUCUCCGGCCAGAGGCUGCUCACAGAGGGCGCCUUCGCCUCCCUCAUCGCGGUCUCCGCCUCAGGCAACAACAUCCUGACGGCGGGAGCCUUCGGGGAGCUCCUGCGGCUGGACGGGGCGGUGCAGAGCCUCGCUGUUCCCGGAGGGGACCCGGGCACCCAACUCUCCUACCCGGACCUGUGCGUCCGGAGCAAUGGGUCCUGCGGCAGCCCCAACCCGCUCCUGGCUGCAGUGCAGGGGGAGUCGGCCCGGCUAGAGACUCUCCUCCCGCAGCUCACGUACCCCGUGUUCGGGAGCAGCGUUUUCAUGGGCACCUUCUUAGGAGGCGUUCAGCUGGCUCGCGGAGCGGGCGCCUCCCGGGUGCAGGCAGCCAAAGCCCUGAGGCUGGUUUAUUACCUGAGUUUGCAGUGGCUGGAAAACUUCCUCAAGCGCAUCCCGGCUGAGCUGGAGGCUUUAAAUCUCACCUCUGUCCAGGUGGCUUACUUUACCUCAAUAUCCAGACAGGAAGAGUUUGAAGGAAAUAUCAGGAAAGUGAUCCCCCUGUUUUCCAUAACAUACUUUCUAACUAUAACCUUUUCCAUUACUUCUUGUUUAAGGGUUGACUGUGUACGAAAUAAAGUGUGGGUUGCAGCAUUUGGAGUGCUGUCUUCUGGGUUAGCUGUGCUAAGCAGCUUUGGACUGUUGCUGUUCUGUGGGGUACCAUUUGUCAUGACUGUGGCAAAUGCACCAUUUCUUAUACUGGGGGUUGGUGUUGAUGACAUGUUCAUUAUGAUCUCCUCCUGGCAACAGACUAAUCCUAAAAAUAAAGUUGAAAAGCGGAUGGCUGAAACUUAUGCAGAGGCAGCAGUGUCUAUCACAAUCACCACUCUCACUGAUGUUUUAGCCUUCUACAUAGGGAUCAUGACUUCCUUUCAGUCUGUGAAGUCCUUUUGUCUCUACACAGGAACUGCUUUCAUCUUCUGCUAUAUAUACAACAUUACAUUCUUUGGAGCUGUUCUUGCUUUAAAUGGUAAAAGGGAAGAAGGCAACAGACACUGGUUAAUUUUCACAAAAGUGAAGGACAUUGUUCAGCCUCAUCGCUCCUACUUGUACAACAUGUGCUGUGUAGGAGGCUUUUCUGAUAAAUCUUCUGGGGGAGAAGAUGAACAUCCAAUGAACAAAUUCUUUAGGAAAUAUUAUGGUCCUUUCCUUACAAAGAUCUGGACCAAAGUGUUUGUGGUGUUGCUGUAUGGAGGGUUCCUGGCUAGUAGUAUUUAUGGGUGUACUCAGAUAAAGGAAGGUAUAGACCUGCGAAAUCUGGCUAGUGACGAUUCUUAUGUUAUUCAGUAUCAUGAUUGGGAAGAUGAAUAUUUCUCAGAGUACGGUCCUAGGAUUAUGGUCACUAUCACAGAAAAUGUACCUUAUUGGAAUCUAUCCAUUCGUAAUGACAUUGAGAACUGUAUGGAGUCUUUAGAAAAUAACUCCUAUGUGGACAAGAGACUCUCAGAGUCAUGGCUACGAAUGUAUGAAAAUGUUACUAGAAGCUGUUCACUGAAUAUAGAUACUAAGGUUUUUUUCAUGGGUAAUUUAUCUGAACUAUUUAAAUUAUUUCCAGAGUUUGAAUGGGACAUUGAUAUUCGCUAUAAGGAAAUAGCAGCCUCACGUUUUUUCAUUCAAACAGUGAACAUUACUACUGCAGUUGAUGAGAAAAACCUUUUACACCAAUUAAGAGACCUGGCCAAGGACUGUAAGAUCCCAAUAAUGGUAUAUCACACAGCAUUUAUAUACUAUGAUCAGUAUAUCGUAAUAGUGCCAAACACCAUUCAGAAUAUUGGAAUUGCUUCUGGAGUUAUGCUGUGUGUUUCCUUGCUGCUUAUUCCCAAUCUGCUCUGCUCCUUGUGGGUAACUUUUGCUAUUGCUUCUGUUAUUGUUGGCGUUGCUGGUUUCAUGACAUACUGGGAUGUUAAUCUUGAUUCCAUAUCUAUGAUUAACCUUGUCAUUUGCAUCGGGUUUUCAGUUGAUUUUUCUGCUCAUAUAUCUUAUGCAUUUGUUUCAAGUGAAAAGUCAACUGUGAAUGAGAAGGCAGUUGAUGCACUGUAUCUUCUUGGCUACCCGGUGAUACAAGGUGCUAUCUCCACUAUAUUGGGAGUAAUUGUGCUGUCUGCAGCACAAGCUUACAUCUUCAGAACAUUUUUUAAGAUUAUGUUUCUCGUUAUCUUGUUUGGAGCUGUUCAUGGUCUUGUUUUUAUUCCGGUAUUUUUAACAUUUUUUGGAAUUUGUGGCAGAUCAGCAAACAAAAGAGUAAAUAUAAAAACAAUAGGAGAAAACAGCAACUCUUUUAGUAACACACAAAAUCCAAAUAAUGUUUGGUGUUAUGAAAACCAGAUUGAUAGUAAUGGAGACAAUUUUCUAGAAGACAAUAUUAUUAGACAACCAAAUGAUAUAGGAAUGGAAAAGCCAAACAAUGGCUACCUCUGCUCCAAUUUCUUUCCAGUUUCACAAAAUCAUGACAGCAGUCCCUGCCUCUAUCAGAAUAAUGCAGUAAUGGCUUACAAAAAACAAAUCGAACAGCUUCAUGACGAAGGUAAAAUAAAUCCAGAUUGCCCAUAA